AACCAUAGUGACUCUCGUUUCAGGAUAACAAAUUAAUUAAAGUUAAAGAAUAGUAAUGUCUGCUUCCCAGAGCUCAAAAAGUGGUCGUAUUCGUGUGAUUGCUCGCACAAGACCCACAGCAAACUUUGCCAAGGAUAUGCUACAACUGGAAGAAGAUGGGAAGACUAUCAGUGUCCACUUGCCAAAGAAUGAUGAUCAGUUGAGAGGGUUUAUCAACAACCAACAGCUAGACUGGAGCUUCCCACUAGAUAAGUACCUCCACAAUGCGAGUCAAGAGGUGGUCUAUUCCGAGUGUGCUAGUGAGAUCACCACCAAGGUGCUGGAUGGCUAUACUGGGACCAUCUUGGCCUAUGGUCAGACAGGGGCAGGCAAGACGUUCUCUAUGACAGGUGGUCACUCUCAGAACUACCGACAGCGUGGAAUUGUGCCCAGAGCCAUUUCUCAAGUUUUUUUAGAAGUCAGAGACCGACUGGAGUCUUCCAUCUCAGUACGAGUGUCCUAUCUGGAGAUUUACAAUGAGGUGAUAUACGACCUUCUCUCUACCCUGCCACAAAGCAGUCCCAGUGCUGCUGCUCCUUCACCCCCUGCCUCCACUGGUCUGCAAGUCACUGACGAUGAGAACGAAUGUGUGUUUGUCAAGGGGCUCACACUGAGGCCUGUCUGCAGCGAGGAAGAAGCUCUCAAUUAUCUGUUUGAGGGAGAGACAAACCGGUCCAUUUCUGAUCAUGCUCUCAACAAGAACUCCUCGCGCUCUCACUGUAUCUUCACCAUCUAUAUUGAAAGUCGCUCCAAAACUCAGUCAAACUCAGCCUACACAAUCUCCAAGUUGAACUUAGUGGACUUGGCUGGAUCGGAAAGGCUCAGCAAAACUCAAUCUACAGGGUCCACUCAACGAGAGGCCAUGUACAUCAACAAGUCCCUGACCUUCCUAGAGCAAGUGAUUGUGGCCCUGGCUGACAAACGGCGAGAGCACAUACCCUAUCGUCAGUCCAAGCUCACUCAUGUGCUCAGAGACUCUCUAGGAGGAAACUGUAACACCCUGAUGAUUGCUAAUAUCUGGGCAGAGCAGGGACAAAUUGAAGAAACAUUAUCCACUCUCAAGUUCUCCACUCGAAUGAUGCAUGUGACUAAUGAUCCGGUGAAGAGUGUUCUGCAUGACCCCUAUCUAUUGAUCCGAGACCAUGAGCAGGAGAUCAAAGCGUUGAAACUGGAGCUAGCCAUGCAUGAUACCCUGCUCAAUCGAAGGUCAGUGAGUUAUGAGCCUCUGGUGGAGGCACAACUGGCAGACAUUGCCUCUCAGAUUAGACACUAUGUUGAUGACUCUAUUCCUAGCAUUGAGAUUGUGAGUGUUCGUCAAGUGCAAGAAGUGUUGACUCAGUUCAAGGCACUUGUCAGGAAUCUUGAGCAGUCUUUGACAGCAGCAACCAAACAGCCAGAGCCUGUCAGUCAACCACCACCACCACUGGACUCUACCCACAUUGCUCCUAGUAAUAGGAAACUAACCUCACCCCUCACCAGGGGCAGAAACUCAAAACAACUAUCACAGCAACCACCCAUCAAGAAUGCUGCACAACAGUCUGCACUAGCUGAGACUGAGGUAGAGCUGGUGGGGGAGGGAGAUGGGACAGGAUUCGCUGUAGGAGUGGCGCCGUCUUCUAUCAAGCACCCCACCUCACCUGUGAUGGUAGCAAGGAAGGCUAAAAUGGCUGGCAGGAAAAACUCUAAACUGCCGAAGUCUUCUGAGCAGGAUCUUACCGAGACUGACACCUCCUCCUCUGAGACUGGAGGUGGGACACGCCCCUCUACCCCACCUCCAAGGGAGGACGCAUUCGAGCAGUUCAAACAAGAACGCGGGAAAGAGAUCAACCAGAUACUAUUACAGAAUAAAGAUAUCUUUCAUAAGAAAAGGAAGGUAGCUAAAGAACUAUCGGAAUCCAUCAAUGCUCUUAAGAGACAACUGGAUCAGGUAUGUGAGUAUCUGGAUGGUCGUCAGUGUGAGCGUAGGGCACAGGGUGAGGUGAGGACUGAGACUGGGGGUGAGGUUAUUGACGAGGAGGAGUACCACGCCAUUACUCAACUCAAGAAGUUGAAAAGCAAUUAUCGCGAAAAGUACGAACAACUACAAAUUCUCAAUGCAGAGUUGAGAUACUGCAAGCAAUACGUUGACCAGUCGAGGGAGAAGCUCCUGACAGAGUUUGAGACAUGGUACAAGCAGGCGUUUGUAGGGGAUGAUUGUGUGUGUGAGGAGGGACCAGCGGAGUACCCCUAUGAGAGGUUUGACCGUUUACAAGCAACCCUCCUCAAGGAAGAUCCAGCCACCACAGCUUUCUACAACGCCCAGCUGAGAACUGGACGCAGGGUGUUUGAGAGCUCUCAUAAGAAGCCGGGGCAAGUCACAACCAAUGUUCGAAACAGGCCACCAGGCAUCAUGUCUAUCAGCUAAAUUUCUUGGGAUAGAACUGAACUCUUUACCUAGUAUUUAUAUAGCCUUCAUUAUUAUGGACUGUCUGCUGUGUCACUUAAUUAAUUUACUAUC